ACUGGAAGGGCCAGCUCUCGUCCAUGCUUGCCCACUUCCACUCAUUGCUGUUGACGGAACGGGCGUGGUCCAAGCAGCAGGUGUUCGCCUGCCUUCAAGAACUGACGAUGGGCGACAUGGACGAGUUCAUCGCCAGCGCCCUCCGUCGCUUCCACGUCGAGGUGUUCGUCCACGGGAAUGUCGUGGAAGAGGGCAAAACUUGCCCCGAGCACUGCUAUCGUCACUACCAAGACGUUCACCCCGCCUCGUGCGUCGAUUUCGUGCUGCAAGUCGGUGUCGAGGAGAGCCGCGAGAACGUCGUCUUCGAGCUGUUGAUCCAGAUGCUGCACGAGCACGCGUUCAACGAGUUGCGCACCAACCAGCAGCUGGGCUACCUGUGCCACACGAUGCCGAAGCGCUACAACGGCGUGCAGAGCCUGGAGUUCAGCGUGCAGGGCCCCAAGGAGCCGGACUUUGUCGAGGAGCGCAUCGAGGACUAUUUGGAGGUGGCACGGAAAAUGAUCGUCGACAUGCCCGACACCGAAUUCAAGGACCACGUCGACGCGCUGGCAAAUAAGCGCCUCGAGAAGCCGAAAAACCUGAAGCAGCGCUACAACAAGCUGUGGAGCGAGAUUGCGCACCGCGAAUUCCACUUUAACCGAGCCGAAGACGAGGUGGCCCUGCUGCGUGAGGUGACCAAGGAGGAGCUGAUCGCCUUUUUCGACAAGAAGAUUCGCCGAGAUGGGGCGGAGCGUCGCAAGUUUGUCGUGAUGGUCCACUCAAACGCCGACACGAAGGAGACGUUCGAGGCCAAGCGCCCCGAGCAGCCAAAGCGCGAAAUCUCGUGCGGCGACCGUCUGCGCGCCGAGCUGCCGAUGUGGGCGCUGCCCGCGCCCAAGUUGGCCCUUCCCCCGCCCGGCGCCUCGCUCUUCACCGAGACGUUGGGCAAGACGCCUGCCGAAUCUGCCGCCGCCGCCGCCGCCCAGUCGAAGCUC